AUGGGUCGUGCUAAAGUUGAGUAUGAUGAAGUUGGAAAUACAUUCUUAUAUGCAUUAUUAGCAUUUUAUGCACUUAUCCUUAUUCCAAUCACAUAUUUUUUAUGGCCAAAAUCAAGUAAAAAAAAUGUUAUUGUUCAUAGAGAAAAUGAGUGUGAAUGUGAUGGUUGUAUAGAAAAAAUGAAAAAGAAAGAGGCCUCUAAACCAAAAGAAGGAAAGGGAAAUUUAUAUAGAGUUAUAUUUUUAAUCAUUCUUUGGGUUUUGUUAGCUGUUUUAAUUCAAAAAACAUCAAAUCUUGAAGUUGUUCAUGAAGAGUAUGAUCCAUAUGCAAUUUUAGGUUUAGAUGCUGGAGCUGAAGCUAGUGCAAUUAGGAAAAAAUAUCGUGAAUUGACAAAAACUCACCAUCCAGAUAGAGGUGGUGAUGCUGAAGCUUUUGAUAAGAUUGCCAAAGCAUACCAAGCAUUAACUGAUGACGAGGCAAGAGCUAAUUGGGAAAAAUAUGGAAAUCCAGAUGGUCCAAAAGCUGCAGUUUAUGGUAUUGCUUUACCAAGUUGGGUUGUAUCAGAUCAAUAUGGUUACAUAUUUUUGGCUCUUUACAUUCUGGGUUUUAUGAUUAUUUUACCACUUUUUGUUUCUUAUUGGUGGAAAAAUGCUCAGAAAUACUCAUCUCAUAAAGUUCUUGUAGAAACGACUAAAAUAUUUUAUCAUUAUAUUGCUAAGACACCAAGAAUGGAAUUUUUAAGGGUUGUUAUGAUAUUAGGUGGUUCUGGAGAAUUUAAUAAAGAAGAAAAUCCUGAAGUAGAGGUAAGAGAAUCUGAUCAAGUUGAUAUACCAAAAUUAAUGAAAGAAUUAAAAAAUCUUAAUGAAAUGAAUAAAGAAGUUCCAUUAUGUCAUCCUUAUAGUGUCAAAGCUAGAUCACUUAUUCAUGCUCAUUUAAGUAGAUUAGAAUUGUGGUCUGAUGACUUAAAAUCUGAUCUUGCAUUAAUUUUGAGUAAAGGACCAAUGCUUGCAAAUGAAUUUGUCAAAUGUGCUACACAAAUUUAUUUUUAUUAUGGACCAGAAAGAGGACCAUCAUUGGAUACUUUUGAACAUGGAACUAAAUUAACAUCAUAUCUUUGUCAAGCUCUUUGGCCAAAAAAUAAUCCUCUCCUUCAAUUACCAUAUAUUGAAGAUCUUCAAAUUAAUAGUUUACGUAAAAAUAAAGCAUUUAAUGUACAUGAUCUUGCUGAGAUGUCAGAAAAAAAAAGAAGGCAAUCUUUAUCAAGUUUAUCUGAUCAAGAAUAUGAAAAUGUUAUAAGAGUUUUAUGUCAAAUGCCAAAAUUAGAAAUUGAGGCUCAUGUUGAGGUUGAGGAUGAAGAUGAUGCACAUAUAAUUACUACUGGUUCUUUGGUUACCAUUCGUGUUAACAUAAAACGUCAUCCUCUUUUAGAUAAUGACAAAAGAUUACAAGAAAUUGAAUAUGAUAAAAUGAUGUCUGAACAAAAUGAUAAAGUAGAAACUGAAGAAAAACAACCUGUACCUACCAAAAAACCAUGGGAAAAAAAUAAAAAAAAGGUUGGAAAAAAGAAGAAGGGACCAAAGAAGGUUAAUAAAGUUCCCAAGGAAGAUGAAACUACUGAAACCAAACAAAAUGACGAAACAAGUGGAAGUGAUGAAGAGACAAAUGAAAAUGUAUCUGAAUCAGAAAGUGAUGGUGAAAGUGAUGAUGAAGAAUAUUGGAAAAGAGUUAAAAAAAAUAAACCAAUUUUUGAUGCAGAUGAUUUUGAGACAAUUCCUGUACAUUGUCCUCGAUUCCCUGAUGAUAAAUAUGAAUGGUGGUAUAUUUAUAUGUAUAGUAAAAAAACGCGUAUUCUUGUUGCACCAAUUGAUAUUGUUAAAACUUUACGUGAUGAAGAGAAAAAAGAAAUUAAAUUUAUGGCAGGUCCAAAAGGAAAUUAUGAAUAUUCUAUUGUUAUAAGAUCAGAUUCUUAUGUUGAUUUUGAUUUUAGUACUGAUAUAAAAAUUCAAGUAAAAGAACCAAAUGUUGUUACUACUCCAAAAAUUGAUUAUGGUGUUGAAGAAGAGGAAGGUGAACAUGGUGGUAGUGAUACAGAAGAUGAUUAUACUGAAACAGAUGAUAGUGAGAGUGAUUAA